AUGAACUAUCUGAUCAAGAUCCCAGGGCAAGAACCUCGUUCACCUCCUCUGCUCAGGCUACAGAAGGAUAAGGUGUUCCUCCUCAACACCCCUAUAAACAACCUCGCCACGUCUAUUGCCCGUCCAAAUCUCAUUAGCAUCGGUCAAUGCCUCGGAAAAUUCACAAAAUCUGGAAAAUUUAAACUUGGAAUUGGCUCGUUGGAUGUUCUGGCGAGGUGGGCGAGGUUUAAGGUCUGGGUUAAACCAAACGGUGAACUUCCCUUCCUCUACGGAAAUCACGUCGUUAAGGCACACCUCGGCAGAAUCACUGAAGACACCCCCGAACAUCAAGGUGUCGUCGUUCUUAGCAUGGCUGAUGUCCCCCUCGGUUUCGGUGUCAGCGCGAGAUCCACUGUCGAUACCCGCAAGCUAGACCCCACUGGCCUCGUCGUUUUCCAUCAAGCUGAUGUCGGUGAGUAUUUGAGAGAUGAAGAUAGUUUGUUUUAG